CAUCCUCCAUUGGAGCAGUUUAGCAUUAUACCAGUAUGGCCUCUUCAGUUCUCCAGUCUCCUCACACUCGCUUCUACUCUGUCGCGCCAACACUUUCUUUCUCUUCUCUCUGUCCCGUUCGUCUCCGACUUCCCCAACUUCCUUCUUCUCCUUCUUCUUCUCCUCUGUCCCUGCGUAGCAGAACUCUGUCAAAGACCAUUACAACCCCACUUGCCUAUGUGACCGGACCCGCAUCCGACCCCAUUUUUAGUGAGUGCGACCCUAAGAUAGAUGGGUCGGAUCCAUGGCCGGAGAAAGUCCAACCUCCCGCCGUCAUUAGCUGGGACCUUUUCUGGAUGCUUUUGAUGAAACACAAACUGCGGCUUGCCGUUUCAAUUGCGACUCUAAUUUGUUGCACCACUUGUACUCUUUCUAUGCCCCUAUUUUCUGGUCAAUUUUUUGAAGUUCUAAUUGGGGCAAGACCAGAACCAUUAUGGAGGCUGCUUAGUAAGGUUGGAAUGCUGUAUGCCCUUGAGCCACUUUUAACUGUUACUUUCGUUAUAAACAUGAACAUAAUGUGGGAAAAGAUUAUGUCAACACUAAGAGCUCAAAUUUUUGGGAGGAUAUUGAUGCAAAAGGUGGAGUUUUUUGACAGAUACAAGGUUGGUGAACUCACCGGUUUGCUAACAUCUGAUUUGGGUUCUCUUAAAGAUAUUGUGAGUGAAAAUGUUGCAAGGGAUCGUGGAUUCAGGGCAUUAUCUGAGGUCAUUGGGACAAUUUGCAUUCUUUUUGCUUUAUCACCUCAACUUGCUCCAAUUUUGGGUAUCCUAAUGCUCACAGUUUCUGUUUCAGUUGCUGUCUACAAGAGAUCAACUCUGCCGGUUUUUAAAGCACAUGGGUUGGUUCAAGCAUCCAUAUCUGACUGUGUAGCAGAAACAUUUUCUGCUAUUCGUACAGUAAGAUCCUUUGGUGGAGAGAAACGCCAAAUGUUUACAUUUGCUAACCAGGUUCUUUCUUACCAAUCAAGCGGGAUAAGGCUUGCCACUUUUAAAUCUCUGAAUGAGUCCAUGACUAGAGUUGCUGUUUAUGUUUCUUUGCUGGCAUUAUAUAUCCUUGGAGGAAACAAAGUUAAAGCGGGUGAACUCUCUGUUGGAACUGUGGCGUCUUUUAUUGGAUACACUUUCACAUUAACUUUCGCUGUUCAAGGAGUGGUUAAUACUUUUGGAGACCUACGUGGAGCUAUUGCUGCUGUUGAGAGGAUUAACAAUGUUUUCUCUGAGGUUCAAAUUGAUGAAGCCCUUGCUUAUGGCUUAGAAAGAGAACUGAAACAGAACAAAUUGGAUGAUGAUAACUAUAAACUGUUCUUCUCUGAUAAUUCUACUGAAGAAAUCCAACAAAAAUACUUGCAUUACAUGUCAGCAUUGAAAUCCUCAAGCAAUGUGUACAGCUUAGCUUGGUCUGGAGACGUUUGUCUUGAAGAUGUGUAUUUCUCUUAUCCUUUAAGGCCAGAUGUGGAAAUCUUAAGUGGCUUAAAUUUAACACUAAAAUGUGGAACCAUAACUGCAUUGGUGGGUUCCAGUGGUGCAGGAAAAAGUACAAUAGUACAGCUGUUGGCUCGUUUUUAUGAGCCAACAAAGGGUCAUAUAACAGUUGCUGGAGAGGAUGUUCGAUCAUUUGACAAGAGCGAAUGGGCUCGGGCUGUCUCUAUCGUAAAUCAAGAGCCUGUUCUGUUUUCGGUGUCUGUUGGAGAAAAUAUUGCAUACGGGCUUCCAGAUGAUAAUGUUUCUAAAGAAGAUGUAAUCAAAGCAUCAAAAGCUGCAAAUGCUCACGACUUUAUACUUUCACUUCCACAGGGUUAUGAUACACUAGUUGGUGAGCGUGGAGGCCUACUAAGUGGGGGACAGAGGCAGAGAAUAGCUAUUGCACGAGCACUCUUAAAGAAUGCCCCAAUCCUUAUACUUGAUGAGGCCACCAGUGCCUUAGAUGCAGUUAGUGAAAGGUUGGUCCAGGACGCUCUGAACCAUUUGAUGAAGGGGAGGACAACGUUAGUGAUAGCUCACAGAUUGAGCACAGUUCAAAAUGCUCAUCAAAUUGCACUCUGUUCUAAUGGCAAGAUUGCAGAACUUGGAACACACACUGAGUUAUUGGCUAGGAAAGGCCAAUAUGCUUCACUGGUGUAGGAUCGAAUAAGAGGUAAUUAAGGGAAGGCAUUGAAGGUGUAAGCUAUCAGAUUGAGUACUAAGCAUUUAAACAUUGAUUUGAUUUAAUUGUGAACUUUGAAAGUUUAUGAAAAUUUUAAUAAAUAUUAAAUAAGACAAGAUGGAACCUUGGACUAUUUAUCAUAUCUAAGCAUGUGACUUGUAGUCAUGUUAGGUUCAAGCCUCAAAUUGAUAGUAAUGAUUUGUUUUAAUGAGGUCAUGCCUCCACAAUGUUAUCAAUAUAAUUUACGGCUGGAAUGGAGUACCUAGCCCUUUGUGUCA